CAAUCCAAAUAGCAACUAAUAAAACCACCAAGCACGUUGGCAUUUUGGUCCGAACACUUGUCAAAAUCUGAUAACUCCAAAUUUCCUGAACCGUUCCAAUCCAACUUCUAUAUUUGCAAUAUAUGUAUACAUGCAUGCAGUGUAAAAUGCAACCAUUUCUAUAUCCUCUCCCCACCCCUGACUUUGUUUUUCUGAUAUAGUCUCUGAACCCUCAAAUCUCUCCUGUCCAUCUUCUCUUAUUUGUUCUUCUAUAUUUAGAAUUUGGUUUAGUUUUUUGGUCUUUGGUAGUUUGAUUAUUAUAUUCAAUUUUUUUCUUUUCAUUUUCUUUGGGAUUGGAAUGAGAAACGGAGGAAGGGGCACAAUGUUUGCAGAGGCUGAUAGCAUUCGAAGAUCCAAUUUUGGCAACAUUAUGCAUUCCGAUCCUAACAUGUCCAUGACUGCUCCUGUGAGUGAAGAUGAUUUGUGCCUUCGUUACAGCAGCGCAUCAGCUAAUGGCCCUGCCUUUGAAGCCAACAGGGUGAGCUGUGAAGGCUCACCGAUGACCAUGUCACCAUGGAACCAAACCACUCCCUUCAACAAAUCUUUAUCGAUCCCUUUUGAAGACGACAACGUUCCAGCGAACAGUCUCAUCGGGUCUCUGGAACGUGAAGAGGGCCAUAUUUAUUCCUUAGCAGCCUCAAAGGAUCUCCUUUACACUGGCUCUGAUAGCAAGAACAUUCGUGUGUGGAAGAAUCUUAAAGAAUUUACCGCUUUCAAAUCAAACAGUGGUUUGGUUAAGGCCAUUGUGAUAUCAGGUGAAAGGAUUUUUACUGGUCAUCAAGAUGGGAAGAUUCGUGUUUGGAAAAUCUCUCCUAAGAACCCUAGCGUUCAUAAACGGGCUGGAACUUUGCCAACUCUCAAAGAUAUCCUUAAAAGUUCCAUUAAACCAAGCAAUUACGUGGAAGUGAAGCGUAAACGCUCUUUAUGGAUCAAACACUCGGAUGCGGUGUCUUGUUUGAGCUUGAACGAGGAACAAGGUCUUCUUUACUCUGCUUCAUGGGACAGAACCUUUAAAGUUUGGAGAAUUUCUGAUUCCAAAUGUAUCGAAUCAAUUCAUGCACAUGAUGACGCUGUUAACUCUGUUGUUUCGAGCUUGGGUGGAAUGGUUUUUACUGGCUCAGCAGAUGGAACCGUUAAAGUGUGGAACAGGCCGGAACAGGUGCGGAAAGGAACAAAGCAUACGUUGGCUCAAACUCUUUUACAACAAGAAUGUGCGGUUACAGCUUUAGCAAUUAACACCCCUGGUUCAGUACUGUACUGUGGCUCCAGUGACGGUCUGAUCAACUUCUGGGAACUUGAAAAGCAAUUAUCCCAUGGCGGGGUCCUUAAAGGGCACAAGCUGGCGAUUCUUUGCCUUGAGACGGCGGGGAAUUUGGUUUUUAGCGGAUCAGCUGAUAAGACUAUAUGUGUUUGGCGUAGGGACGGCAACAUCCACACCUGCCUUUCGGUGCUAACAGGACACACGGGGCCUGUGAAGUGCUUGGCUGUGGAAAAGGAUCAAGAAUCAGGGAAAGAGCAGCGGUGGAUUGUGUACAGUGGGAGCCUUGAUAAGUCCGUGAAGGUAUGGAGCGUUUCGGAGUUUGCUCAGGUGGCAGAGAUGCAGCAGAAUCAGCUGCAGGGAAGUUAUGAUAGGGAGUCUUUCCCAUCUGAUGGGAGCUAUUCGUCCACCAGCAGAACCAGCCAGCAUGGGAGGUACUGAUCCGAAAGAAUUUUGGUUCUUCCA